GACAUCCCUUGUACUCGAUGUCGAAGUACUUUUCAUAGAAGUCUUGGAUUAACUCUUCGACCUGUGAACAGAACAAUGUCGAACGAUGUGUUACAAACUAAGUGCGAUUGCUGCGGAGAAAUAGCUCAUGAACCGUAUAUAGAAUGUUGUGAGUGUGAAACGAACCUUUGCACAGGUUGUUUCAGCACAGGACAGGAGGUUAGGACGCAUAGAAAUGACCACAAAUACGCUGUACGACGAAACGAGUUUCCGCUAUUCGAGAACUGCAAUUGGUCAGCUAAAGAGGAAUGCAAAUUACUAUCAGCAUUAUCCACAUACGGCUAUGGUAAUUGGGAGGAAAUAUCAAAAAGUGUGCACACCAGAUCUAAGUUAGAAUGCCAAGAGCAUUAUAAGAAGUAUUACAUUGAAAAUGUUCAGUACAAAGAACUCAACUUACUACCAGAGACUGAAUCAUCCAUGUUUCCGAAGUCUAUUAUACCUUAUUUGUACAGCACGCAGGUAUCUGGGAAUCCACCGAGGAAUAAUCAGACGGAUCAACAUUUGGCCGGCUAUAAUGCUUAUAGAUCAGAAUUUGAGUUAAGUUAUGAUCAUAAUGCAGAAAGCAUAUUUAAUAUAGAGAAUCAGUAUUCCGAUGAAGAAGAAGAUGAUGAUGAAUGCAUGGACGCUUUAAAAGUAUCUUUAGUCAGUGCCUUGAAUACCAGGCUGCGAGAACGACAAAAGAGGUACCAGAUCAUCCAGAACCAUGGUCUAAUAAUGCCUAAUAAACUCGUGUCUUGGCUGCAGAAGUUUGAUCUGACAAUGACUCGUCAAAGAUGGGAAAAAUUGAUAUCUGUAAUGCAAUUCAUGACUGGCAUGCAAUUUGACGCAUUUAUUGAAUCAAUGAAUUUAGAAUGGGAAUUACUUCAGAAGAUCAUUAGGUUGUCGGAUUAUCGUAAGCAUGGUAUAAAGAGCAUGUACUCUGCAAGCUUGUACAAACAAUUGAAGAAGGAAAAUGACUUAGUGGUGAAAGAACAGAAGCAUGCAACAUCAGUAAUGAUGAAGAAGUUUGAUUUGUCACCAACAAAGCAUCGGAUGUAUUUUAAUAAAGAUAAUCAGCCUAGGAAAUUCAAACGUACUUCAAUGCCUUUGGAAAUUGUUGAUUUACCAGGCUUCCAUUUAUUAUCAGAAUCAGAGAAGACAUUAUGUUCUACUUUGAGACUGAUACCGGAGAAUUAUUUAGAGAUUAAAGAACAACUGAUAAGUGAAAACAAUAAAAUGGGAUUCCUGCGUCUGUUAGAUGCUAGACGUAUUGUUAAGAUAGACGUCAAUAAGACUAGGAAGAUCUAUGACCAUUUGAUUGCUGACGGGUUUAUUUGUAAACCUAUGUAAAUA